AUGCUUCACAAGCUUCCUGAUACUGUGAGCUUCAUAGGUAUAAAACAGUUGAAGGAUCAGAAGCCAGAUGUAUUAUCCGCUCGCAUCAAUGAAGCGGAUUCGAUUCCCAAGCGUGCAAGUCCGUUGAGGGUUGCGACUGAGGACGGUCAUAAGAUCGUCUAUGCGCCAAUCAGAGCAAAUGUACGGUCCACAACGCGCGCGUGA